UGACGUCAAUAGUCCUACAUCCCCAAAUUUGCAACUGCAGCUAUAUAAAUCGAUUCUUCCCUUCACUAAACAAACAAAGAAAUCACAUACUCCUCUUUCCCCAACAAUGACAAAAGCAGAACUUGUGUUUAUCCCAUCCCCUGGUAUGGGCCACCUACUAUCAACCAUUGAAUUUGCCAAGCUCAUUAUCAAAAACAACCAAUACAUCUCAAUACUAGUAAUAACCUUUCACAUGCCAAUCUAUACCUUAACUGCCAUGGAAGACUACGUUGAGUCUCAGUCCCGUCAACUCGACCCGAACCACUUCACCUUCUUGACUCUUCCACCUCUAUCUAACAUGCCUGAUCAUGAUUCCCCCACCUUCUACAACUCUAUCACGGAGCUACAAAAGCCGCUCAUCAAGCAAGCUCUCGUAGCUCGCUCGACGAAACCUGCUGCCUUCGUGCUCGAUCUCAUGUGCGUCACAAUGAUCGACAUUGCGAAUGAAUUAGGAAUCCCUUCUUAUAUGUACUUUACUGCUGGAGCAUGUUUCUUGAAUCUCAUGUUACAUUUCCAAGAACUUGUUCAUGACAAGGGGGUUGAUCUAACUACUGAGUUAUCUAACCCGGAUACCGAAUUAGUCUUACCCUUCUUUAGAAACCGAGUGCCGUCGAAGGUUAUACCCUUGUUGUUUGCGGAUAAGGAGGGUGGGUGGUCUAUGUUGAUUCAUGAUAUAUCGAGAAGGUUUCGAGAAGUUAAGGGAAUUAUUGUCAAUACUUUUGUGGAGCUGGAGUCGUAUGCUAUCCAGACUUUGCACGACCAUGAUAAAAUCCCCACCGUUUAUCCUGUUGGUCCGGUUGUAGCGUUGGAUGUCCACAAUCGAUAUGGUGGUGGUGGACCUCAGUUAGAAGAUCGAGACGAUUCGAUCAUGCGGUGGUUGGACGAACAACCUUUAUCUUCAGUAGUGUUCUUGUGCUUUGGUAGCAUGGGAAGCUUCGAUGAGGAACAAGUGAAGGAGAUAGCCAACGGUCUAGAUAGAUGUGGGCACCGUUUCCUGUGGUCUUUAAGGAGACCAUCUUCACGAGGGAAAGUUGUGCUUCCGAGUGAGAAUGAGAUUUUUGAAGAAGCCUUACCUGAAGGAUUCUUAGACCGAACGACCCAUAGGGGAAAAAUUAUUGGAUGGGCCUCGCAAGUUCAAAUCCUGGCACAUCAAGCUAUUGGUGGAUUUGUGUCGCAUUGUGGGUGGAACUCUAUAUUAGAAAGCUCGUGGUUUGGAGUUCCAAUAGCCACGUGGCCGAUUUACUCUGAGCAACAAUUGAAUGCAUUUGAACUGAUAAAGGAGCUUGAAUUAGCCGUGGAUAUUAGAAUGGAUUAUAGAAGGGAUUUGAGGAUGAAUAAUGGAAAUUUUGUUGUAAUGGCUGAAGAGGUGGAAACCGGUGUCAACACACUGAUGAGUAUGGGUGACCAAAUGAGACAAAGGAUACGGGAAAUGAGUGAUACAAGUAGGAAAGUCUUGCAAAAUGGUGGUUCUUCUCAUAAUUGCUUAAUUCGUUUUAUAAGAGAGGUUUUAGAAGGUCCAACCAGUUCAGAUAAGUUUCAAUAAGAUCCAGUCAGAUCUAAGAAGGUAUGAUCAGGUAUUGAGAACAUAAUUGGAUGACCUUGAGUAUUAUGAGCAAAUGGAAGGAAGCUACAUGAUUGUUAUGGAAUGUGUUUGAGUGCAAAUUGCAGCUAAAAUGAAGUUGGAAUUUAAUAUAAAAAUUGCGGAAAUCGAGUCAUGCCUACUCCUUUGUUCAUAACUUUUGACUUGAUAAUGAUGAUUACCUGAUUCCAGUAAUUGUCCUGUAGAUCCUAUAUCUACCUAUAUGAAGAAGAAAUCAUGUAAGGAAGGGGAUUCUUAUUUGUACAAAUGAUACUUCGAACUUGGAAUGGAAUAUGUGGACAACCAAUGUAGGAUGAUCAUAAUAAAGUUUACAAGUCAUUUUCAGAUGUAAUUGAAGGUAAAGAGGGAAGAUUUGUCUACAACCCCUGGUUUAAUCAUAUACAAUUUGAAGGAAUACGAAGGCUUUAUGUUCCACAACAAUGCAAGCAUUUUUUUUCAACUUUUUCAUAUACUAGGGGAUAUCACUUGUAAAGUAGACUUCAAGAGAUUUCCGAGGAUAUGUUACACGGCCCGAGUCAAGUUAUAUUCUAGGAGAUAUGGGCUUUACAAUAUUGCACAGUUGUGUUGCGACUUGUUACAAGUACGCGGAUUUGUUAUAUUCGCCUAUUUAGUGACUUAAUUGGCUUUUGUUAUCUUGUAAUUUACUUUCCUAGUUAAAUUAGGUUACGUAGUCCUAUACAUUGGGAAUCACUUAUUGUUGAGUCGCUUUUUCUUAUAUAUUGUAGUAGACGUAAUAUUUCGUGUUCUUGG